GAGUCUCAUCACAUGGUCCUGAUAUGCCCAGAGAAAGUGAGCGAUCAUCGCAGCCUCUGCGCUCUCGAAACUCAAUCAGAGUAGGCGUCAGUGCGCGCGCUCCGCAGCAGCUGAACUGAGAGCACGAGACCAGCCGUGAUGCCCAGCCCAGAGGAGAGCUGAGGAGCUGUGAUCAUGCCCGAGAGGAGCGCACACUAGAAGUCUUGACGGAGGAUGGCAGGGAUGCUGCGCGCCGCAUCUCUCUCUCUCUGACUCUGUGAGACAGCGCACGGUGCCCUGGACGAGCCGUACAGCAGGAGCUGUGUGUGUGUGUGUUUAUGUGUGUCUGCAGCUCGGGGGAAUGUUUUCAAAUCUCCCCAAGGUGCUGAUACUGGGGGCCAUCGCCGCCGCCUCUGCCUUUGUGGUCACCAUCCUCAUCCUCUUGGUGUGUGUGGGGUGUCAGAGAAAAAGCAAGAGCAAACAUGGCCACGCCAACGGAGGCGCUCAAAGAAAAGAAACAGCUGCUCUGCGCCAGUCCAAGCUGAACUCGAUGAGUAAAUCUGACACCCGCCUGCAUGACAUGCACAGACUGCCCUGCAACGCAAACGGUGGCCCUAAGAGCCGUCCGGCCAGCAUGGAUCUUCUGCUCCUUCAUACCCGCCGCUCCACGUCUGACCUCCGUCCCAGUCCAGGCCGCCAGCUGCCUCGAGCUCCCAAAAAAUCUGAGAAUGAGGAACGUGAGCACACCUACUCUGAAGUCUGCCGCCGCUCCUCUCCCUCAUCCCUCCUGCCGGAUGACGGCCUGUACGAGAGCGUUGGGAUCAAAGGGGCGGGGCCUGAUAAAGCUGCCCCACCUGCUGCCCCUGCCCCGACGUCAAGCAACACGCCCACUCAGCGCCGUGCCCACAGCCCGACGCUCAACGGGAGCGGCCGCGGUGCAAGCAGAGGAGGCGUGAACGGCGUGAGUCAAGACGAAGUGACGGCGGAGUACGCCUCCAUACGGAAGGUGAAGAAGCUGGAGCGCGGCAGGAGGGAGGAAGUGCUGGAGGAUGGAGAAAGAGAGCACCAGAGCGUGUCCAGCAGCGAGUCCUCCAGCAGCACCUUGCCUAGGAAAACACUGGAACCAUUUCACCUGCCCAAUUUCCCGAAGGAGGCGGUCUUCAUGGGCAACGGAGAGCAGUACAUUUGGAAACCACCAGAAGAGGACGAGAUGAUCGUGCCAGGGGUUCCUCAGCUGGAGAACGGACACAGCCAUCCCACCGCCGUGGAGAUCUCUGACAUGUACUCUACCGUUUGUAAGACCCUGAAGAGGAAACACCAGCAGGGUCAAAGCCAGGAGGAGAGCAGGCCGCCGGCGUCCCAGGAGGUGGAGCGGGGCAGCACAGGCUGGCCUGCCCCCGGUGCUGCAGGGGACGAGUCGUGGGGGAGGUGCAGCUCCCACGAGGAGCCCUGCUACGAACCUGUUGGCGAGAAGACGUGGCCCCGGGGCCUGGCGCAGGAGACAGACCCAGCCUACGCCACCAUCGACUCCCACCGGAAACGGGAGAAGCUGGCCAGCAACACGCUGAAGCCCAAAAAGAAACCCGCACAGGGUCCGGACAGAGCCAUGACCUGCGAGAACUUUUACGAGACUAUCGGCGACGUGAAGCAGGGCGCAAACGCAGCGAGCACCACCACUAUCUUUACCUUUAAUGACGGCAUGGAAAUGUACGUUACGGGGCUAUAAAAAAGCCUGACUUUAACCAUCGAAUUAAACACCUACAGAGGGGGGGAAACCAACUGCGGCCCUCUGGUUCUCACAAAUGAAAAAAUACACAGGCUACAGCUGCCAAACACACGCAAACCUACACAACCACACAACCAAUGUAUAUUUAUCCUUACCAUAGGAGUGCACAAUCAGACGCAGCACUCAUGCAGACAGAACAACACUGAAUUGGCUGAACAACCAGACCUGUUUUUAGCUGACAGGCAUGCUCACCAAAUCCAGGGAUCAAAACUGAUUUUUCCACCAUGCUACAGUUGCUAAUGAUAGUUUAAUGCAGGAUUAAAAUCAAUAUGACUUUAAGACUCACUGUAGCACAGGCAAGUUUGAAUCUGAUUAUUUAUAUACAGUACCAGACAGAUUUUUUUUUAUGUUUUUGAACAUAAAAGAAGCCUCUUGUGCUCACCAAG